AUGAGGUACUCUAUUCUCUCAUUCUUGCUCGCGCUCUUGGUCUCGCUCGUUGCUGCGCAGACUCCAACUGCUACCGAGCCCGCCGAAGCAACCACCUCAGCUGAGCAACAGUCCUCGACACCAGAAGCAACUGGAUCAGCAACCACGCCAACUUCGACAGUCGCGCAAGGCACUGCAUCAAACGGCAACGGCAACGGUGGCGGUGGUACCACUUCAGCUCCUACCAGCACACCCCCAGCAGACGUCCACCUCAAGGUUCCCGAGCUCUCCGUUGGCCGCAUUGAGCUUGAUGUCGACAACCUCAACGCUGAGAUUAACCUGGCCGCCGAGGUUGCUAAGCUCGUGACCAUCAACGCCGGCGUCCAAGUCGGCAUCGAGAAGGUCAACAUCACCAUCGCCGACGUCAAUGCGGAACUCGAACUGGUUAUCCGUCUCGGAAACCUCGUCGACAUCGUCAAUCGCACAUUGGCAUCUCUGGACCUUAAUCCUCUGCUCAUCAACCUUCUUGAUACCGUUGGUGAUGUCGUCGAUGAUGUCAUUGGCGCUGUGGACGGCCUUCUCGGCUCGAUCGUGAACGGAGACAGCAAGAUCAACUUCCUGAUCGACAACCUGGGCAACAUCGUCCAAGAAGUCACCAACGCUGGUAGCACAGCUCUGAGCACCAUUAUUGGCAACUACCAGCAGAACAUGACCUUCACUGGCUCGCAGACAGACCUCGGUAAUGGGUUGGUGCAGAAAACGUACGAGUAUACUCCGCUGAGCUCUUUGGUCAACAUCGUUUUCAACACGCUUGGACAAGUUGUUCGAGCUACGGUAGUCAAGGGCGGGGGAUCAGGAUCGGGAUCAUCGACUGCUUCGGGCACCACAGUCCAGGCUACAACUACUGCAGCGCCUGUGACGACGACAGCUGCUGCAAGCACCUAG